AUGGGUGACUGGAGCUUUCUGGGGCGACUACUAGAGAACGCACAGGAGCACUCCACGGUCAUCGGCAAGGUGUGGCUGACGGUGCUGUUCAUCUUCAGAAUCCUGGUGCUGGGGGCCGCAGCAGAGGAGGUGUGGGGUGACGAGCAGUCCGACUUCACCUGCAACACCCAGCAGCCUGGCUGCGAGAACGUGUGCUACGACAGGGCCUUCCCCAUCUCGCACAUCCGCUUCUGGGUGCUGCAGAUUAUCUUCGUGUCCACGCCCACCCUCAUCUACCUGGGCCAUGUACUGCACAUUGUGCGCAUGGAAGAGAAGAAGAAAGAGAGGGAGGAGGAGCUGCUGAGGAGGGAAAACCCGCACCUGGAGCGGGGUCAGGAGUCUCUAGAUGGGGCUGGCUCUCAGGAUAAGACUGCGGUGCGUGAUGACCGAGGCAAGGUGCGCAUCGCUGGGGCGCUGCUGCGGACCUACGUCUUCAACAUCAUCUUCAAGACGCUCUUCGAGGUGGGCUUCAUCGCUGGGCAGUACUUUCUGUAUGGCUUCCAGCUGCAGCCGCUCUACCGAUGUGACCGGUGGCCCUGCCCCAACAUGGUGGAUUGCUUCAUCUCCAGACCCACCGAGAAGACCAUCUUCAUCAUCUUCAUGCUAGCGGUGGCCUGUGCCUCUCUGGUACUCAACAUGCUGGAGAUUUACCACUUGGGCUGGAAAAAAUUCAAACAAGGAGUGACUGAUCAUUUCGGCCCAGACACCUCCGAAUCCAAGCUGGUGGCCGCAGAGCCAUUGCCGCUCGCUUCCCGCCCACCCACGGUCACUAUUGGAUUCCCACCUUUAUACACGCAUUAUGCCUCUCCCCUGGGACAGGCCGGCGAAGCCGGGUACCCCGGAGCCCCGCCACCCGCAGCAGACUUCAAAAUGGUAGCAUUGAAUGAGUCACAAGGGAAGGGCCACCCUGCCAAGCUCUACAAUAACCAACACCUGCUGAUGACAGAGCAGAAUUGGGCCAACCAAGCGGCUGAGCAUCAGACUCCGGCGCGGAAAGCCUCCUCCGCAGCGUCCAGUCCCGCAGCCCCAAGCCCCGCAGGCAGCAACAGCCAGCGGCUCCCACCGGAGGCUGGGCAGGGGGGCACCGCACCCCAGCUGUUGGAGGACCGGAGCGGCAGCAGCUUGGAAGAGAGUGCCUUGGCUGUGACCCCCGAAGAAGAGGAGCAGGCCUUGACCACCACAGCAGAGAUGCAUGAGCCUCCCUUGCUCCUUACAGACCCAGGAAGGUCCAGCAAGGCCAGCAGUGGGCGGGCCAGGCCAGGUGACUUGGCCAUCUAG